GCUGCUUGUUGCCUAGUCCUGAAUCAAGGGAUGGGAGGCCUGGAAAUCGCCACAGGUGAUACCUGGAGCGAAUGAUUUGCUCUCUGCUUCCCUCCUUCAGUGUCGACAACAGCGAGUACAUGAGGAACGGGGACUUCCUCCCCACUCGCCUCCAGGCUCAGCAGGAUGCAGUCAACAUCGUCUGCCAUUCCAAGACCCGCAGCAACCCGGAGAACAACGUCGGCCUCAUCACUUUAGCCAAUAAUUGUGAGGUGUUAACAACCCUCACCCCCGACACAGGCCGCAUCCUGUCCAAGCUCCACUCCGUGCAGCCCAAGGGGAAGAUCACCUUUUGCACAGGAAUCCGGGUUGCCCAUCUGGCGCUGAAACACCGGCAGGGGAAGAACCACAAGAUGCGCAUCAUUGCGUUUGUUGGAAGCCCCGUGGAGGAUAAUGAGAAAGAUCAGCUGGUGAAGCUGGCCAAGCGCCUCAAGAAGGAGAAGGUGAAUGUGGACAUUAUCAACUUUGGGGAAGAGGAGGCCAACACUGACAAGCUGACGGCCUUCAUCAACACCCUGAAUGGCAAAGACGGCACGGGCUCCCACCUGGUGACCGUGCCCCCUGGGCCCAGCUUGGCGGACGCCCUCAUCAGCUCCCCAAUCCUGGCCGGGGAAGGGGGCGCCAUGCUGGGGCUGGGGGCCAGCGACUUCGAGUUUGGUGUGGACCCCAGCGCUGACCCGGAAUUGGCUCUGGCUCUCCGCGUGUCGAUGGAGGAGCAAAGACAGAGACAGGAGGAGGAGGCCCGCAGGGCUGCGGCGGCAUCGGCCGCAGAAGCCGGGAUCCCAGCGGCCGGUGGCGAUGAGUCGGAUGACACCCUGCUCAAGAUGACGAUCGGCCAGCAGGAAUUUGGCCGAGCUGGCUUGCCAGACCUCAGCACCAUGACUGAAGAAGAGCAGAUUGCUUACGCCAUGCAAAUGUCUCUCCAAGGAGCGGGUGAGCAAGCAGAGUUUGGACAAGGCGAAUCGGCUGAAGCAGACAGCAGUGCCGACAUGGACACGUCGGAGCCUACGAAGGAGGAAGAUGACUACGAUGUGAUGCAGGAUCCAGAGUUCCUCCAGAGCGUCCUGGAAAACCUGCCCGGGGUGGAUCCCAACAACGAGGCCAUCCGCAACGCGAUGGGAUCACUGGCCUCGCAGGCCUCCAAGGAGAACAAGGACAAAAAGGAGGAGGAAGAGAAGAAAUGAUGAAAGGCUGGGCCGGAGGCCCCCUUGCUCUUGUCCCUCCCAGGCAGGCCCGUGGCCACCGUCAGCAGGAAGGUUUUUCUCUUGCGCAUGCCCCAGUUCUUGUAGCUGAGAAGCUGUCACUUCCCGUACCCUCUCCUCUCUGGGCUAGCUGGUAGGGCGCUGCGUCUCUGGGGCGGGGUGGUGGUAGGACCUUGGGGGGGCAUCUUGUGGUUCAAACUAAAAAUAAAAAUAAAAAACUUAAAUUUUCUCUGCA